UCAGCUGUGUCCUGUCACUUUACGGCAGAGCGGCAUGUGGAGGUCAGAGAUACAGAAUUUCUCGGUCAGAGACUGAAAACUCUCUAAUUAUCGAACCUCAACAAUUGACAACUCAGCACAGUGACAUCUCUGUGGAAUUUUCAACAGACGAUAUACAACACAACGCCGUCGAUAAAGCAAAUCGUUAUUAUUCGUUAACCUCCGUCAAUUUGAACGCGUGUCGGUUAGGAAGAAGUCUCAUCUUCAUCUGUAUCAUCUCUUAAGACAUGGAUAAUAACACACCGGCAUCAGGAGGGUUUAAAGGUGGGCUCGGGAGCCUUCUCGGUGGAGGAACCCCUGAGUAUUCAAAUACUGAGCUCGCAGGAGUCCCAUUGACUGGUAUGAGUCCUCUCUCGCCUUACCUCAAUGUUGACCCUCGUUACCUUGUGCAGGACAAUGAUGAGUUUAUCUUGCCCACUGGGGCAAAUAAAACCCGUGGUCGCUUUGAGCUGGCCUUCUUCACCAUCGGGGGAUGCUGUAUAACAGGCGCAGCAUUUGGGACACUUAAUGGUCUCCGUAUGGGCCUGACAGAAACUAGAGACAUGCCAUGGUCAAAACCCAGAAAUGUCCAAAUUUUGAACAUGGUCACACGACAAGGUGCAUCAUGGGCCAACACUCUAGGAUCUGUGGCUCUUUUGUAUAGUGUUUUCGGUGUGGCCAUUGAGAAGGCCAGGGGUGCAGAGGAUGACCUGAACACAGUGGCAGCCGGAACAUUAACAGGGAUGCUUUUUAAAUCCACGGCUGGACUCAAAGGAGCUGCCAGAGGAGGUCUCGUUGGUUUAGCCAUGUCAGGCCUGUAUGCUCUUUACAGCAACUGGGAUCACUUGAAGGGGACAUCACCUUCACGUUACUGAGGAUAACUGAGAGCUCAAACCAUGGACUUAUUUUGACUCUGAGCCCAUUCUUAAUGUUAUGACCCCCUUUUGGAGAUGCAUCCUUUUCUUCUUUAUGAAACCUGUGGACCACCACACGUGUACAGACUUCUUCAGUUACAUUAAGUGUAAUAUUUAAAUGGAAGAGCCAGAGUGCCACUAGAUUACUUGGUGGACUGUGCAUUUGCUGGUACUGUACAUGUCUUUUUAGGUGCAAGUUGCAGGAACUCUGUAUCCUUUAAUCAUGAGGUUUUAUCUGUUCUCAUUCUGGACUGAUGUAUUUUGUCUGUGCAGACUAAACUGGCUGCUUCCUCUCUAAAACCGUAAAAAAAUUAAAUACAAGUUUCCACUG